UGUUGUUCUUUUUCCCACUGAAACAUUCCAGCACAGCGUAGCGAGCGUCCUGCCAUGCUGCUGGGACUGUAGCGCGUUUUCAGAUCAUCUGUCUUCUUUUUACCAGAGUCAUGGCUCCAUUUGGGAAGAACUUCCUGAAAGCUCGUCUGAAGAACAGGACAAAACAUGCUGAUCCUGUGGUUGGGAAGGAGAUUCAAAUUACCGUCUGCAAUGAAGAGAAGGUCGUCUGUGGAGUAACCAAGCACACAACAUGUACAGAUAUGGUUCAGGCAUUACUGGAGGACCACAAGUCUCUUCCAGAGAGCAAAAGGCUGCUGGAUGGGGAACCCAAAGACUUCUGUCUCGUCGAGCGCUGGAGAGGGUUUGAACGGGCCUUGCCACCUCUCACCAGAAUCCUAAGACUUUGGUAUGCUUGGGGUGAUGAAAGACCCUUUAUCCAGUUUCUUUUAGUGAAAACAUGUGAUUUUGUGCCCCAGACAGCUAAGAAGGGGGGAAAGUGUAAGGGAGCCAGGCCAAAACGAUGGGACCUUGGUUGCCCUCAGUAUGCUCAGCCUCUGCCGGUAGACAAGCAAAAGCGCAUGGUGAGAAAAGCUUUCCGGAAGCUUGAGCAACUUCACAAGGAAAACAAGAGCUCCCCUGGCACUGAAGAGAUCGAACGGAUGGUGCAGCUUAUUCUAAAUCAGGACCUCACAAUCAGAGAACAGAUACAUCGGACGAGGGAGCUAGAUUUGGAGAUUGAGCAGUUUCAGAACCAAGCACAGCGGGAAGAUGACUCUGAAAGUUUACUGGAUCAGGCUUGUGGCUUGGGUUUGGCAGCAAACAGUGAGGAGCAGCUGCAGAAAUACAUUUACACUUGCAACGGCAUCAAGCAACUGGAAAUGCAGGUUCAGCGGCAUGAGGAUUUCAUAAUCCAGCUUUCCCAGGAAAUUGACGCUGAGUUGAGGAAGUUCAGCAACCCUUCGGUUCCAGAAGAGGAACACAAAGAGAAAGGAGCCGCUGCUCAGUCCUCCUACGAAACUGACGAAUCCUUCUACAAAGCAGAACUUGAGAGGCUACAAGGUGAACUGAACCACAGCCUCUUCAGUGGAGUGAAUCUGCAGAACCAAGUUGCAGACAUAGACAAGCAGCUAAUGUAUAUGGACAGUUCGCUCAUGGCCAAGGACCAGGAAUGUUGGCAGUUGGCUGCUCAGCUUAACUCUCUCCAAAUAAUGGACAGCAUGGAGGAAAAGAAGCCCAGCCUUGUCCUUUUAAUAAACGAGGCUCAGAACAGCCCGACCCGGACAGUAAAACUCAAACCCAGCCUGUCCCCUGCAGACGUUACAGACACAGACUCAGACACUGGGAUUAGCUCCACGCACAGUCAGGACUCGCUGUCACCGUGUCUCGACUUCCCUCCCCCACUUGAUACAGAUGUGUAAGGAAAUUAUAAAACGCUUCAGUUUAUUAUUCCACACACACCAGUCGCAGGUUAUGCUUCUCACAUAUUAUCUAUGGGUUUGAACAUUUAAGCUGUGUAGAUUUAUCUUAAACAACAGAAAAACUUGCUUUUCUUGAGAAAUUUGUAUUGAUUUUUCUGUACAUGACAAUUCUACACAUCCUUGUUAUGUCAGUUAUUGUCAUUUAAGAACUUUUUCCAACUUUAAUGUGACACAUUCUGUAAUAUUUAACAAAAAAAAGCAAUUUUUCAUUUAGUUCCAGCAUUCAGUCUACUGUGGAACCCACCUGCUAUCAAUUAUAGAGAAUUUGAUCAACAAUAAAGAAAUAGCUCCGGGGAGGUUACAACUCAUCCAAAUAAUAAACAAGGUAUCAGUCAGGAGAAGGAUGCAAAAAAGAAAUCGACAUCAUUGUGUGUGUGACACUAGUAACUGAAGGAAAAAGAAAUAAAACAACAAAAGUUUGUGUAGGAAUGCGUUUUGGUCUGAUGAUGUGACAUGCUGGUAGACUCCUACUGAAGAAAACUGAAUUUAAAUCAAAAGGUUGUUAUUUUUCGAAAUUACAGAUUUGUUUGUUUUCUGCUGGAUUGCACAGAUAUGUUGCAGCAUUUUGAAAUCAUUCAUCACAGUCUCAUAUUGUUUCACAUCACACAAGAAUGGUGUGUAGACUUUUAUAUCUGCUGUGAUGAGAACAACAUGAUUAAUUCUUUUGUAAAUUUUCCAGUUUUCUGCAAACACACACAUAUACUUCAGGUUGAGGUUUAAAAGUUAAAUAAUUCAUGCAAGACAGAACUUGGCAACACAAGAACCCUGCUGGAGGCAGGAUGGCAGACCACAAAUGUUUACUUCCUGUAAAAUGUUUCAACCUUCUGCCACACAUGGACCACCCACAGUUUACCUAAAAAUAAAUCAUAACACUGCUUUUACCCCAUUUGUCCAUGAUCUCGCCUGCUGCCAUGUGGCUCUUAACGUGCAUGGAAACUGGAAGAAAGGUGUCACAGGGACCCACUGCAUCCCACCAGUCUAGGUCUGAACCAUUGUAUCUUUGUUUUGGCCAUUCUAAAGGCCUACUCUAAAUCUGAAUCAAAAGUAAAUCACAGGAAUAAAAGUAAUAAAGACAUAAGUUGAAAUCUAGAACAGCUUGUACUCUGUUGUAAAUAUGAGUGGCUGGAUUUUGUUUUUUGCAUUAUUACCCAUUCAUCUAACAGCCAGCAAAUAAACUCCAGCUACAUAAACCUACCAUUGGAAACCAUACUAUGCACACUUUUAAACACUUUGUUGUUGCUGAUGCACAGUGCCUUGCAAGAGUAUUCAUACCCUUGAAUCUAAUCAAUAAGAAGGAAAAAAAACCAUCUGUGUUUAAUUUAUAAAUCCAGCUGUUCUGAUAUAGCUUCAGAAGUUUGUUAAAGAACGUUAGAGAACAAACAGCUUCAUGAAGACCAAGGACCACAGCAGACAGGUCACGGGGAACGCUAUGGAGAAGUUUAAAAUGGGUUAGAUUAUAAACAAUUUCCCUAGCAUUGAAAAUCUCAGACGGAACUGCAUCAAUCAAAGUGCAAAGAGUACCAACAAACCUAUAACGAUCCAGCCAUCCACCUGUACUGACAAGCCGAGUAAGGAGAGCAGCCACAAGGCCCACGGAAACUCUGGGGUACCUGCAGAGAUCCAUAACUCAGGUGGUAGAAUCUAUUUAUAGGACAACCAUUAUUUGUGCAAACUCAGCAAAUCUGGUCCCAUAGCAAGAAGAAAGACAUUGAAAGAAAAGCGUAGGAGGUCCAGUUUGUAGUUUGCCACAAGCCGUGCAGAGGACACAGCAAAGAAGAAAGUGCUCUGGUCUGCUGCAGUGAAAAAUAACAUUCCAAUUGACAACAAACUUCAGGUUGCAGCAUCAUGUAGUGGGGCUGCUUCUUUAACAGGGAGGGUGGUUAGAGCUGAUGGAAAAAUGUGUGGAGUAACACACAGGACAACCCCAGAAGACGAAACCUGUUAGAGGCUGCAAAGGACUUGAGACUGGAGCCAGAGUUAAACAUCCAGGCCUGAAUCCAAACAAGAAUCUUAGACAAAACAUAAAAAUACCCAUUCAAGACUGGUAGAGACAAACUCCAAAAGACAGCAGUAAUUUCAGUGAAAGGUGGUUCUACAAUCUAUAGACUUAGGAGGCGGUGGGGGUAGUUAAUACAAAUGCACACCACAUUUUACAGAUGUCUAUUUGUGACAUGACAAAAUGUGGAACCGUCCAGGGUUAGGUACAUUUUUGCAGGGCACUGUCAGCUUUACUUUGUUCAUCAGAGUAAGAUAAGAUAUGCAGGCAGGUCACUUCUGCAAUAAAUCUGCAACCUUCCCAAAGUAUUUCUAACAAGGCAGGCUGUUCAUGGUGAGAACAGCAAUCUAAAAGUUUAGUUUCCAACAAUUAAGAAAAUGUCACAGCACCAGUAUUUAUUUUAAUUAAAAGAGAUUUUUCCUCAUCACAGUGUUUUCCCUUUUAGGUUUUCAGUGUAUUUGCAAAGCAGCCCAUCUUUUUAUUGGCCAAAAUAUAUGGAUGAUGUUUUAUAUUAAAACAAGCACCUAAUUGUUUGGAUAUAGAGCAAAUAUUGAAAAAAUGACCAGUCCUUAUGACAAGGUCUUAAAUAAACAUGCUGUAACUGCUGUAAAUACAAAAUUGUUUUAAAAACUCAUUUGAUGAAACUAAUGAAAAAGCUAUUUAUUUAUCUGUAGUUUUUACUGUUGAGUCGUCUCAAAUUUUAAAACAACCUUUUAACAUUACUUCUUUUGUCUUUUCAAAUACUCACCAUGUAAAGUAAUAAUGCAUAUUUUCUACUUUUCAAAUAAAGGCUACUUCUGCAAAUCUGUAAAA